UUGAGAAGAGCUACAACAGCGGCCAAUAUUCUCCCGGAGCUUAUCCGAAAAUACGUUGACGAUUUAUUCCUGGUUUUACAUAAAGACCAGGUGAAUGCGGUGUUGGCAACCUUCAACUCACAAAACCCGAGGAUAUUGUUCACAUGCGAAGUUGAAGAAAAUGGACGACUACCAUUUCUCGAUUUGCUAGUGAUACGGCAAGAGGACGGUAGCGUUAAAACCGACUGGUAUGCCAAACCAAUAUCAUCCGGCAGGAUUCUUAACUAUUUCUCCUUCCAUCCGAGCGAUCAAAAACUGGCGGUGGUCAACAAUUUCAUCGACAGGGUCCGUAGGUUGAGCACCACUCGGAGUAGAGAAGAACAAGACAUACUCAUUCAUCAGCACCUCAGCAAAAACGAUUACCCUCGCACUCUUAUCAACCGAUUCCUUCAUCAACCACCUCGUACAGACAACCCGGAGAAACCAGCAACCUACCGUUCAAUUCCAUAUGUUCAUGGUCUCAGCUCUAGCAUCAAGAGAAUACUCCACAAGAGCAACACAGCAAUAGGGAUCUCUCACAGUUACAGAAACACAGUAGGACAUCUGUAUAAAAAUGCAAAAGAUCCGGUAUCCGAUCUCAACAAAUGUAACGUCGUAUACCGGAUCGACUGUAAAGACUGCCCAAGUACAUACAUUGGAAUGACAACGAACAAGCUGAGGAACCGAAUGUACGGACAUCAAACACACGUAAACACACUAGAGCGAAGAUUAUCGGAAGGCCACCAAUACACGGAUCCAGAAAUACUGCAGCUCCAGGAAAAAUCUGCGCUAAUCCAGCACUGCAUUGAGCAACAACACCGAUUCAAUAUCAGCAACCCCUCCAUCGUCGAUACAACACAUAAGAAACAGGCUCUGCAAGUGUUGGAGAUGUGUCACAUCACGACCACCUCCAACACGGUCAACCAUCGGACUGAUACCGACAACUUAAGCUGUGCGUACGCACACCUCCUCGCUCAAAUCAAAAACCAAAGAGCAGAGAGGAGUGCGUCGUCAACAAUCCAAAAUAACCGACGAGAAACAGCUGAUCCAACACCCUAACCUACACUAACAAACCCUACCACCCAAAUAACACCAGAAGAUACACACCCCACAGUUAAACCCGAACGGCGAUUGAUAACAGCCGCAUUCUUGUGUUCCGCUGAUUUCUAGUUUUCGAAUUUCUCCCGAUUCGUACCACCCACCCAACAUCCUACUGGGGUGCUGGUGAUGAACGGAAAAGGUGCAGUGUUUUAUGGAAUAAAAACCAGACAAACGAUCGUGUGCAAAGUACGAUCUUUACAAGUUGAUUAAGAUCGAGUGAGUAGAGGACAAAACUAACAAUUCUAAACACAACUAACAGAUAUGCUUCAAUAAAUACAGGCCCUGAGGAAGAUCCAACCCAAGGAUCGAAACGUUGGCAAUGAUAUAAAAUUAUCAACGCUUUUUCCCGUGACUGAAAGCCGAAAAAACUCCGUAGCUAUCAAAAAUCCCAGUCGAAUAUUUUCCCAAAUCUGCAAUGGCGACGAAUACACGCACAUCAUUCUACACAGAAAUCAGCGAACGAUAUGGACCACAGGCUGUUCGGCUCCUGAAGAGUUACGCAAACAGCAACACAAAGCUAGGUAACAUGCAAAGCCGCAAAGAGUUCCUGCUCAGGUGUCGGCGAACCGGAGUUACACCACAGCAUAUCGUCCACUCGCUCCAGUGUACGCAUGAAUUGGUCGCAUCAAGAAGCCCCUACAACCGAAAGCUGUCCACGUCCGUAUCGAAAUUCCAAAAAUGUUUGUUGAACAUCGAGAUUCAGGACACCUUCCACAGAGUUCGUACUCUAAACCAGGAGUUGGACAAUCUGAGAGGCCAAAUCGUACACACAACCGAUCCAGAUACAUACGCACACUUUUUUCUCACACAAGAGUUUGCGUAUCAUGAGAACCUCCGGCGAAAAUCACAACAAACCACACAAAAAUACAACCGCCUGAUGAACAUGUCCGUGGUAGCAAAUCAACACCAGAUGCCGACGGAAAAUCCCAGCGCUAUCCUAAAUGCCACCAACAAAGUUGUCCCUCCAGAAACACGAAUCCUUCUCAGCCUUGGUCCGAAAUUCGCAUUGCCAUACAACGACACUACACAGGUACCGUGGUUCCACCUGAUAGCUGAUGUGGAGAACACUUUAUCUGCUUACACCGAGUCAACGAUCCGAGACCAGACGAGAUGCCAGGUUAUCAACAAGAUCCAAAACUUCAUCAACCGGAACACACCGUUCAGCGAUCCACUGUCCAAAUUCUGUAAAUCUGCCGUCAACAUCACCAAGAAGUUUAUCACAACAAACCCAGAUGUCUUGAUCACCGAAGCAGACAAGGGCAACCGCACCGUCAUAAUGAGCCUAGCAGAAUACGACAGUAAACUCGCUCAGCUGAUCGGCGACACCAACACGUACAAGCAGCUACAACGCUGUAUGCCCCCGAAUAUAUGGACAACCCAAAGCACACAAGCCUGA